AAGGACACCAGAGCGCAUAGAUAUUUGCUCUUUGCAUUGUGCAUACCGAUCCACCAUGAUGUUGUUUUUGGACUGCUAGGACUACUUUCGCUCGCCUACAGGAGAGGAUUUGCAUUGCUGUUUGGGCCACUACAGCAGAACGGAAUAUGAAAGAACGCCUAGGAUUCUACGGCACUGGUGCCCGCUUUUGAGUAGGCUCAGUAUCCGCCCAAAAUUCUGCUCACGUGGAUACUCUUACCUUGUUGCAGUAAGUCAAAACGAUGCGCGUACUAAACUACGCAAAAGGCGCUGCACAAACUUAAGUAUAAGUUUCGUGAGUGUUGUACGGGGCAGGGGUGGGGAUUUUCAUUUUGAUAAGCCCUGGGGAUCACCACGACUCGUCG